GGAGAGUCGAGCCAGUAGCGAUCUGGGUCAAAAUAAUAGGGUCGACUUACAAUCCUAGGCCCCAUUGAAGGCGAAAAUGGGUUGAAUUCUAUCUCAUAGUUCCCCUGGGGCGGUAAGUGACUGGUUUUCUGAGGAAUUGCUUGAUGGACGUGGGAUCCAAGCACCGUAUCACCGGUUUCAGGGGCAUAUCGGGAUGAUGAGUGAACACGUCGGCGGAAUGUUGAUCCGGAAGCCUGCGACGGAAAUGAUCGAGGAUUUGGUUCAUCACAUAUGUCACCCAAGAUGGGGUGCUAUAGUAGGAGCUCCAGGAGCUAUGGCCUGAAGAGGAGGAAGCUGAGAAGGAAUGGAGGAAGAAGGCAGGUGCUGUACAAAUGACGACUCGAGGGUAUGAUUCCGCACGAGGAUGACGAUAUGGUCAGGUAAACGCAGCCUGUGGUGGAGCCAGGCUUUAACGAUAUUGGUCUCAUCAGGACAAGUCACCACCAGAGUCUCCUGUCUAUUCGCCGGUUUCACGAAUGCCGAACAGUGUCCACUUGAGAAACGGGCCCUGAGAAGCUUUGUUGUGUUGGUAGCAAGCUCCCGAGACCAGGGCUCGUCCGUCCCCAUCUCUGAGACCGGUGCUGGUAACAUUGCCGUUGCCUUUGAGACUGAGCGCGCGUAAAAAGAGAACAGCGGUUUUUCAGAGAGAAGGAGACACAGAAACCGACUGGAAAAGCUGACUGGGUUCCGAAGGGAUGGUAUUGCAGUAGAGGAGAGUACCAAGAAAGCAUAAGAGGAUGCAGAGGAAAUGGAGCAGAGGAAAUGGAGCAGAGGAAAUGGAGCAGAGGAAAAGGAGCAGAGGAAAAUGAGUAGAGGAUGGUGUUGCAAAUAAGUAGCCAGUGGAUCGAACGGUGGUAUCGCC